GAGAGAAAGUUCCCGGGGAGAGCUCGCCCCCGGAGGGCCGUCGUCGAGGCUGCUCGAGGCGAGGGUUGCAGGUCCCGCGCGUCCCGCCUGCCUCCCCAUCUGAGCGCACUGGGCCGCCGGGGCUCGGCUCGCCGGGAAGCAGGGAAACAUCGCUGGCCGGCGGCCGCCGCCAAACUUGGAGGGGGAGGAUGCUGCGAGUGCGAGCGGCGGCGCAGGGCGCGGGGGCACACUGAGUGCUACCGGGGCUGCGGCCGGGCGAGGGCGCCGAGGCUGAGCGGGCAGGUAAGGGGCGCCAGCGCCAGGACUGCGCCAGCCCUGCGAGCCAGGGCCGCCAGCGCCACCGUGCCGGCGUCGCCUCCUCGCCACGGAGCCACGGUGAGCGGAGCGCGCACGCCGCGCGCGGGACUCUGAGCUCCGGCCGCGCCGCGCGCCUGCACCUCCUCUCUCCCCUCUGGGCUUCCCCGCCGAGCUCGCCCGCGGGCCAUGAAGCUUUGGCCCGUAGCCCCUCGCCUCUGAGCCUCGCGUCGCCCGCUCCAGUCCACGCCGCUCCGCCACAGAUAGCACUCCGGCCAGUGGGGCUCCCCAUCCUCUGCCAGAGACUGCAUCCAGGCGCUCCGGGAUGGCGCUCCGCGGCCCCCCGCGGCCGCGCAAAGUUCGCAGGAGACGAGAGAUGCUGUGGCAGCAAGUUGGCUUCGUGUGCGCGAUUUUGGCGCUGGUGUGCUGUGCGUCUGGUCUCUUUGGCAGCUGGGGGCACAAAACAGCUUCUGCCAGCAAACAUGUUUUACCAGACACAUGGAGAAGUAGAAGGCUGAUGGCACCAGUGAAUGGGACUCAGACAGCUAAGAACUGCACAGAUCCGGCGAUUCAUGAGUUCCCCACAGACCUGUUCUCCAAUAAAGAGCGACAGCACGGAGCCGUCCUGCUACAUAUCCUUGGUGCUCUGUACAUGUUCUACGCCUUGGCCAUAGUGUGCGAUGACUUCUUCGUUCCGUCUCUAGAGAAGAUCUGCGAGAAACUCCAUCUGAGCGAAGAUGUGGCUGGAGCCACCUUCAUGGCUGCAGGAAGCUCGACGCCAGAGCUGUUUGCCUCUGUAAUUGGUGUGUUCAUCACUCAUGGGGAUGUCGGGGUUGGGACCAUCGUGGGCUCUGCUGUGUUCAACAUCCUGUGUAUAAUCGGAGUUUGUGGACUGUCCGCAGGGCAGCAGGUCAUCCGUCUGACGUGGUGGGCCGUGUGCCGAGACUCUGUGUACUACACCCUCUCUGUUGUUGUGCUCAUUGCCUUCAUAUAUGAUGAAGAAAUUGUGUGGUGGGAAGGCCUGGUGCUCAUCGUCUUGUACGUGUUUUACAUUCUGAUCAUGAAGUACAAUGUGAAGAUGCAGGCCUUUUUCACAGUCAAACAAAAGACCAUUGCAAAUGGCAACACGGUCAGCAGUGAGCUGGAGGAUGGUAAUGAUUACUGUGGUAGUAGCUCUGAUGACCCUUCUAUGCCAUUGCUGGGGCCAGUGAAGGAGGAGCCGCAGUACAGCAAAAACCCGGUGGUGAUGGUGGAUGAGGUCAUGAGCUCCAGCCCUCCCAAGUUCACCUUCCCAGAAGCAGGCUUACGCGUAAUGAUCACCAAUAAGUUUGGGCCCAGGACUCGUCUGCGCAUGGCCAGCAGGAUCAUAAUUAACGAGAGGCAGAGGUUGAUCAACUCGGCAAACGGUGUGAGCAGCAAACCACUUCAGAACGGGAGGCACGAGAGCAUCGAGAACGGGAACGUUCCUGUGGAAAACCCUGCAGAGCUGCAACAGGAGCGGGAACAGCCGCCGCCACCCCCAGAGCCAGAGCUGGUCGAGGCCGCUUUCCUGUCCCCCUUCUCCAUGCCCGAGGCAAGAGGGGACAAAGCCAAGUGGGUGUUGACCUGGCCACUCAUCUUCCUUCUGUGCGUCACCAUCCCCAACUGUAGCAAGCCCCGCUGGGAGAAGUUCUUCAUGCUCACCUUCGCCCUUGCCACGCUGUGGAUCGCUGUCUUCUCCUACCUGAUGGUGUGGCUGGUGACUAUUAUUGGAUACACCCUUGGAAUCCCUGAUGUCAUCAUGGGCAUUACUUUCCUUGCAGCAGGCACAAGCGUUCCAGACUGCAUGGCCAGCUUGAUUGUGACGAGACAAGGCCUUGGUGACAUGGCGGUCUCUAACACCAUAGGAAGCAACGUGUUUGACAUCCUCGUGGGACUCGGCGUACCGUGGGGGCUGCAGACCAUGGUUAUUAAUUAUGGAUCCACGGUGAAGAUCAACAGCCGGGGUCUGGUCUACUCCGUGGUGUUGCUGCUGGGCUCCGUCGCUCUCACCGUCCUCGGCAUCCAUCUGAACAAAUGGAGGCUGGACCGGAAGCUGGGGAUCUACGUGCUGGUUCUCUACGCCAUCUUCUUGUGCUUCUCCAUAAUGAUAGAGUUUAACGUCUUUACCUUUGUCAACUUGCCGAUGUGCCGAGAAGACGAUUAAAACGUAGCCACUGCCCCCCCACCCGGGAGCUCUUCUGGACGCUCUGGCGCUGGCGUCCUCCUUCUCCUCCCCUCCCCCACCACGAGUCUCUCCUGCAUCGGCAGCCACCGCCUGCUCUUUCAUGCACAGGAAGGAAGAGCCAUCGUGGUCUUUGUGUGGUCACGGGCCAGGCUGCUGGGCCUCCUCCGCCUGGGAGUUCUGCCCCCCAAAAGGCAAGAUUCAGGGGCCGCUGUUUGAGCAGCUUCACAGCCCCCUGAGCCACCAGCCAUAGGGACGUGGCAUGUGUCUCCUCUUUUGGACACUUGGAUCACGAGGACUUCUGUGUGCUGGUUGUCCUUCUGUCGCACUGCGGCCUUGGAAAUGAGGCGGGCGGUGAACACAGGGUCUCCUGUGGCAAUGCAGAAUAGGAGUGUUGUUCUCAAGGGUCCCCUCUGGGCCAGAGAGUGUGGGCUCCUUGGGCAGCGUGUGCUACUAAGAGCCUCUGAAUCCUGCCGGAGGCACUUACGGUUUGUUGGGAGUUUGGGGCUGUGACGGCAAGCACUCCAACCCUUUUUCUGAAAAAAUUGCAAGAAUGGAAACAGUUGUUCACAGCAGAAGAGAGAAAACGAGUGAAUAUUCUUAUCACUUUCAUUGAUGCAUUCAGAGAACGAGCAAUGAAACAUUAAAAAUAAAAUGUUAGCUAUACAUCUUCAUACUUGAAAAAUAUCAUUCCGUACAAAGAACCUUGAUGGGGACCAAAAAGGUAAUGCUUAUGGAAAACAAAUCCUAUGUAUAUCGUGUUGCACUGACACUAAGAUGUUUGGUUUGGAACAUAGAAAAGAGCGGAAGACUAACAUCUAAACGGGUGCUAACUCAGAGACACGGUGGAGAUGGUAGUUUACAGCCAUUCAUUCCAGACUUCCUGUGGCAUGGGACGCACUGUCAGUUUGGGUUUGUCAUUCCUUGUUAAUGCUCUGCUCUCAAAACCACCCUGUUCAAAGGCCCAAUUGUUUAUAUGCCCAACAAAUUUCAUAGCCUGCUGAACUGGAAUGCGUGUGCCGGAAGUAAUGGUUACUGACAAGAAGAGAGAUUUCCUGAAAAACCACCAGUUGCUCUCUGCUGAGCUGGAGGCGAGUAUGAAAACCGUAACUUGGAAUUUUUUAGAGCUAAGGUUGUUGAACCUUAUAGUUUGCUCCACAGGAAAGGCCAAAGAUGGGAGGUUGAUUCAAAAAUAGAUAGAAACAUAUUAAACAAUUUUGACUGCUUCAUAGCUCUCAAAUAUAUAUUAAAAAGAUUUACGAACACAAACCAUUCCUGGUUUCUAAAAAGAAAGCACAAUUCAUUUUAUAUAGAGGUGUUCUUUUUUUAUUUUUUUAACGUUUCUAUUGCAAAAGGCUAUCAGAUUUGAUGCACUUUUAAUAUUGGGCUGUUUUGCACAGAGGACUGUAUGGGAAUGCCCCAUGAUGCUGUGAGGAAAAGAGGCUUUUCGUGAUUCACCAGUAAUCAGUCAUGGGUGAUGAGUGUAAAUCCAACAGCUUAUUCUUUCCUCAGACACAGAGGUUGUGACCCGCAGUGGAAUUUGUGGCUGUGCUCUUUGGGGCCUCCUGAAUUUCAGAAGGAGGACGGGUUCAAGCUUACGUCCCUAAAAUUCCCUUAGCGCGGGCCUAAGACAUGACAACUCCAUCACCAGGCUUCUCUUCUGCAUCCUCAUCAGUGUUAAGACUUCUCUUUUCGUUUCUCUACUUAGAUACUCAGUGGUCUUCUGGUUGAGGAGAGCGAUUUUCCUAAGAAAUUAGCUAAGUGGGAGGCCAGGGAGCCCGUUGGUUCAUCAGUAUAAAUGUCUAGAUGCAGAGGGUUUCAGAGCCCUCAGGACCGCUCUGUGCCCUCAUAAAAUAGCAGCCUGGUCAUCUCCAUCUUCUCCAUCUAACAGACUCAUCCAGGUUUCAAACUGUGUCUGUCUCUGUUUGGCGUCUCAAAACUGCCCUGUGACGUAAGUAGGGAUUACUGUCCCCGUUUAACAGGAAAUGUAGUCUUGGAGAGGUCAGGUGACUCUAGGUCAAUGGCUAGUAAGUAGCAGAACAGGGACCAAGCUCCAGACCGCCACCUGGCUGAGCCAGUCCAGUGUGUGGCCAUCCUUGGUGGGGCAAGUGUGCCUAUGUCCUUGUCCUUGGGGUCGGUUGCUCCUUAUUGUUUGGGUCAAAACUUCUUCAAGUUUCUAAUUGACAUCUGGGUGCUCCAGCUCACAUCCUAAUAUUUAUCUCCAACCUGUGUCCCUAUUAUUUUCCAAUAAAGACAAAAAAAUAUUUUUAGCCACAACAAGGCACAGGCUACACGGUCCCUGAUGACAUCCUGCUGGUGUUCAAUUCUUUGAAUCCUCGUGUAGCUUUCAGAGAACACAUCCUAAUCACCCACCUCUUCCUCAGCAGAACCCAUUUGAGAUUAUAAAUAUGCUGCAGUUGCAGUUUGAGACAAAAAAUAGUGUUUCUAGCGUGUAGAGCAGUCCUCCUGGCUAAUUCUCUUAUGACGUUAAUGUGCCAAUGUAACUUCCUUAAAGGAUCUAUAUAUUUAUUGUAUCUAGGAAACUAUAUAUACACUGUAGGUGCAGAAUUCUCUUUUUUAACUAGAUAUUUUUCCAUCUCAAGUUUAAAGAGUUGCUUGAUUAAUUAGGCCUUCAUUUUAAAAUACUGCUUUCAUCACUGCACAGGAUUACUUCCUUUAUUUUAUCCGAAGCUAGUUAGCAGAAGGUAAAGUUACUCUGCUACAAAAAUAGGCAAUCUGAAAAAUAAACUUAGCUCUUCGAAUUGGGGGCAGAAAAUGAACCACUGCCCUCAGAUAGAAAACGUCUAUAAAAGCAGGAGCUGGUGGUUCCUGUCCAUUUCUGGUUUGGAAUUUACCUUCGCCAGCCCAAGCAUAGUCAGGGGGGAAGGGGUGCAGUGUCUUGAGAACGCAGCCCUGGAGGAAGGUUCUGGGUCGGCUGCAGUGAGAGACUACUGUUAAGGGCAGGUCAGGGGCAUCCCACCCCCAUCCUUCCUGUAACCCACAGCUGCUGGCCUCUGUGUUUGUCUUCCGCGUGCACCGGUCUUGUGAGUUUUCACCUGUUCAUUACCUGCUCCCCCACCCCUCGUGCCGCCUAUUAAGGCUGUUUCUUGCUUCUCCUCGUCAAUCUUCUGCCUUUACAGACCCAAGCAGCUGAAAAGGCAUAACCCCCGGGGAGCCAGCUGAAACCAGAUGGGCGUGCCCACCACUCCAGGGCAGCCCUGCAGACCCCGACCAAAGACCCCUUCUGGGCUGCCCAGGGUCUAGGUCCCAAGGGAAGAAACUGCCCCCUCUUCCCUUUUGACGAGGAUUUGCAAGGCAAGUAGCAUCAGCAGGAGACCAGCCCUCAGGGAACACCAGACUCCACAAACAGGCUGGGAAUCCAGGAAGGGUGUGGGCAGCCUCUUUGGCUGACACCCUUCUUUCCUCCGGGCAUUUCCCCUCCCUGAGCCCUAGGGCCCCUCCCUCUCCUUAAGGUGGGUGUGGACAGAAUCGAGAGGGACUGGGAGAGGGUCACUUCCUUGCCUUCUUCCCCAGGUGUGAAAUGGGCUAGCGGGGUCAAGGUCUGGAGCAGGGCAGGAGAGAAGCAGAGAGCCUCCAGCUCGGGCUGGCCCCUGUGAGCUCGUGGCCCUCCCGUCCGCCCUGAUGCUGAGUGGGCCCUUAGGCCUGGGGUUGGCCUCUCACACGCCACCCUUUCCUUCUCUGGUAAGCCCUGUUCCUCCCCUGGCAGGGAAAAGAUGGUUGUACAGGUAUGUGACAGGCUCUCAGCAGAUGCUUGUUGCUUGAAUAAACAAAGAACUUGCCUGUUAGGGUGAAAAUCUUCAGGAGGUGGUUCCCGAGUCCUGUGAUUUAAAUAUUCCCAGGUCCCUCUAAUGCCCUCUGGACAUCAUUUCUGUGUGAGUCUUGGGGCGGUUAGCAGAUGCGCCCAGGGCCCCUGAGAUGGGCCACAGCUCAGCAACUUCGUCACCACGUGGUGCUCAGUGAAACUUCCAGAAAUUUUUGAAAACGCUCUCUGGGCAGCUCUUGGGUGGCAGGAAGUCCAUCAUCCCCCAUCCAUCCCUGGACCCAAUGUGGUGCCCCUGGCCCCUGCCCUUUCUAUGUGGAUUCACCCAGAGCAUCCGGGCACCCCGCCAGCUGUUAGCCCUUACUCUCUGCAGCUGGUCACAUGAGCCCUUCAAGUGCGAAGAUGCUCACAGGGCCUUCUGGAAGCAUACAGAAGGGGCCCCUCCAGCACUGGGUCAGUCUCCCCCACUGUGUCUGUCAUGGGGGUGAUAGAACAGGAGGGUCUUUGUACGGGCCCAUCCUACAAGGCAAGACACAGGUGGGACGCAGAUUUCGUUACCUGGCUCGUGUAGGGCCCCUUUGCCUUGCUGCAGAGACCUGUUCCCCCAAGGGCAGUCCACAACAGUAUUUUUGGCCGUGUUGGGUCUUCGUUGCGGUGUGCAGGCUUCUCAUUGUGGUGGCUUCUCUUGUUGCAGAGCACAGGCUCAGACGCGUGGGCUUCAGUA